AAAUAAAAAGAUGCUUCUAGGCGCACCGUUACAGGGCUAAAGCAGUAAUUUAACAUAGAUGAGGUGGACUUAUUCUAGAAGCUCGGAGAAAAUCCCCUCUGCUACCGAAAUUCUUCUAUUCUCUGGGCUAUACCCUUCUGUUACCCGGAUCCCCCUUGUCACUAUGGGCUGGCGCUGUCCAAGGGCUUCUUCCAGCUAUCCCCUCUAACAUGCCCAUAACAGAAAGGUGAGAGAUUCCGUUCACGGGCAACAGAAACUUGGUAGGGAUUGAAACAAAAAGAUAAAAUGUGAUUGGCUGAUUGCCAAAAAGAGGGUGUAGGUGAAGAAAACAAGAUAUAAGAAAAGAAAAGAAAAGAGAAGCAGUAAUGGCAAUAUUCAGAUUUAUCCUGUUAUUGUGGCGCAGUAGAAUUUCAAGGAUUCGAGGUUUGCAAGCCUGGGUAUUUUCUCUGCAGCCAGGCGUUCGUUUUCGAUACAGGCUUUGUUCAUACCCUACCAGCUUCAGCUUCAGCUUCGUUUUUUUUGCCGUUGUAUAUGGUCUCCGGCAUAUAUAGCCGUAUGUGAAGACUGAAGAGUCUCUCUCUUUCCACGGGGGAUUUGUCUGUCUAGACCAGGGUUUUUCUGUACAGAUUUCGUUCCUGAUCCUGCCGUGUAUAUGGUCCUCUGAUUAAGGUCUACUAAAAGGUGGGGUUUGACGAGCACGGCGCAUGCGGCUCGCUCAUGGAAACGAUGCCCAGACUGCUUCUGGAAGACUGGAAGUCCGAUGGUGGUCGACGGCGACCCCUACUGCCUCCCCCUCUUGGAAGUUGGAAGAGGAAGCUAGGGCACCCGCUUGGACCGUCCAAGACUCCAAAAUUAAUUGAUUACGUAAUACGUCAUUAUGUGUGCACCCAAUUGGCAGAGGCCACGGAAAAGCGGUGGAUCUCUGUUGCAGCUUUAAAAAACUCAACGCUCAAGCCUGCAGUGAAUUCCAGCUGUAAUUAAUAUGAUCAGUCUCCUUGGUUUUCAACUCAUUCGCUUGUCCAUUAGAUCAAGGACUGGAGCUACUACAGCCAGGUGGACUGGUUUAAGAUAUAUUUGUAGUGAGCCAUGGAUGGGGCGGGGUUUUAAUCUGCUACUUGGGCCUCCAGAAGUCCCUCGUUCCACAUUUACUGUGAAUUCAUAUCCAGAUGAUACCCAAGAUCUAGAUGAUAUCCAAGAUCCAGAUGAUACCAAAACCAUCCGUGAUAUACUUAAUGAAUGGUUCCUGGACCAGCGCGCUCUUCGACAAAAAAAUUUGUGCCUUACUUUUUGGAGAAGGUAUAUUUUUUUUAAGCAUAUCGAAUAUACUCCGACCAAGAAAGAUACACCAGAUGUUGUGCAAGGCUUUUUGGAGGAUUCCUGGCAUGGCUGUCCCCAAACCACUCUCAAACUCAUUUGCCUCUUAAGGGGCACUGGUCGUUUUAGCAAAGAAAGCAGAGAGGAUUUCUACACAGCAGCUAUAUGGCUCCACCGAUACCACCCUGAAACAUUAGCAUACAACGUGGUGGCAUUUUCCAAAUUCGGGUGUUUAAAGGACUUGCUGGAAAUUCUCCACCGGAUUCUCAAUGGGCCACAAGUUCGGCACAAUCAAAUUAUGGAGAGGGAUAGGGUUAUGAAAGACAGACAGAGAAGAUUUACGGCAAAGAGAAUAAUGCAAAGACACCUACUCCAUGUAUUGAUGCUGAAGAAAAUGAAUUCUAAAGAAAUACAGAUAAGGAUGAGAGAGCAAGAAAAGAGAAUGAAGUCUAAAGUAAUGCAGAAAAUAAGGGUCAUACAUUUGAGAAAUGAGAAAAGAAUUAUGAUGUCAAAGAAUGAGAAAAGAAUUAUGAUGGCAAAGAAGGUCACUGAGAGUUACAACUACGAUCCAAAAUACCGUUUCUUACACGACCAGAUUUCCAAUCUUUUUGCAAAGCUACUUAAGGCCGACCUUGAGUACUUGAUUUCUGGGCAGCUAACAAAAAUCAGUUUGGCUUCAAAAUGGUGCCCUUCUCUUGACUCAUCUUAUGAUCAUUCAACUUUACUUUGUGAGAGUGUUGCAAGGAAACUUUUUCCACGUGAAUCUUGUCCUGAAUACAGAGGGCUGGAUGAGUCCCAUUAUAUUUACAGAGUUCGAAAUCGAUUGCGGAAAGAAGUUUUGGUCCCACUUCGUAGAGCCCUAGAGUUGCCAGAAAUUUACAUGAGUGCGGAGCAGUGGAACUUGGUUCGAUAUGAUCGGAUUGCAUCUAAUGCCAUGAGAACUUACAAGGGAUUGUUUUAUAAACAUGAUCGCGAUGGGUUUUUGCAACACCUUCAGAAUGUGCAGUGCCCUAAAAUGCCAAAAACCACUACCAAAGAAUUGCUCCCUGAUGAGAUAUUAAGUCUCUUAUUAGGUUGUGAUAGUGGUCAUGAAGUUGCUGACUUGCAAUGGAAAAGAAUGAUAGAUGCCUACUCGAGCAAAGGAAAGUUUGUAAACUGCAUUUCUAUCAUUGAUGCUUCCCUAGUUCAUGGGGGAUAUAAAUGUACGGAAAGAUUCUGCCUCGCAUUUGCAUUGAUGACAUCUGAACUCUGUGCAAGCCCAUGGAGGGGAAAGGUCUUGACAUACUGUACUAUUAAUAAUCAUGAGUUUGUGAACAUUGAAGGAGAUGAUCUUGGAUCAAGGAUAAGUUUUUUGAGAUGUCUACCAAUGUGUGAUUACCCGGAGCUCAUACGGUUGUUGGAUAAAAUUUUGGAAACUGCAAAAGAUUUGAAGUUGAGUAAGGAGAAUAUGAUUGAAAGAAUUUUCGUGUUUGAUCAUUGUGUCCCUCAUCGUUGUUUUAUCGGUUGGCGGGAGAAUUAUGGGGAAAUGCGUGAAAAGUAUGAAAGGAAUGGGUACGUGAUGCCAAAGAUUGUGUACUGGUAUAAUCACGCAUGGGAUGCAUCGAUAGAACCGUGUGAAGUCUCCGACGGUGGCAUAACAGGAAUAAUAGCAUCAGAAGCAAAUUUUAGAAAUUUCGUCGAGACCAACGGGACCUUGAGUCCAAUGGCUGUGAUGGAAAUGAAGAUAUCCAGUGAAGAUUACUUGAAACUUGUGGUGCGUGAUUAGGUUUUAUAUUCUUCAAGUUUUUGCUAUUUUCUCUGGUAAACUUUCACCUUAAUUAAGGGUAUGAUUAUGUUAGUGUGUAGUUAAUAAGUAUCGUUAAUGGUUUA